GCCUGGCGACAGCCACCAGUGCGGACAGGAAGAGGCUCUGGGCAGGCACAUGUGUGUGGUGGCGAGGCGGGCGGGUACAUGGCGGGCUCUGUGGGACUGGCGUUGUGCGGGCAGACGCUGGUGGUGCGGGGCGGCAGCCGAUUCCUGGCCACCUCCACAGCAAGCAGUGACGAUGACAGCCUCUUCAUCUAUGACUGCAGUGCUGCGGAAAAGAAGUCACAAGAAAAUAAAGGGGAGGACGCGCCCUUGGACCAGGGGAGCGGUGUGAUUCUGGCGUCCACCUUCUCCAAGUCUGGCAGCUAUUUUGCUUUAACCGAUGACAGUAAGCGUCUGAUUCUUUUCCGUACAAAACCAUGGCAAUGUCUGAGUGUCAGGACCGUGGCGAGGAGGUGUACAGCCCUGACCUUCAUAGCCUCUGAGGAGAAGGUCUUGGUGGCUGACAAGUCUGGAGACGUCUACUCCUUUUCGGUGCUGGAGCCACACGGGUGUGGCCAUCUAGAGCUGGGGCACCUGUCCAUGCUGUUAGACGUGGCUGUGAGUCCUGAUGGCCGCUUCAUCCUCACUGCCGACCGAGACGAGAAGAUCCGAGUCAGCUGGGCCGCGGCGCCCCACAGCAUCGAGUCCUUCUGCUUGGGGCACACAGAGUUUGUGAGCCGCAUCUCCGUGGUGCCCACUCAGCCUGGACUGCUCCUGUCCUCCUCUGGGGACGGUACCCUGAGGCUCUGGGAGUACAGGAGCGGCCGCCAGCUGCACUGCUGUCACCUGGCCAGUCUACAGGAGCUGGUGGACCCCCAGGCCCCCCAGAGGUUUGCUGCGUCCAGGAUUGCGUUCUGGUGCCAGGAGAACUGCGUGGCGCUUCUGUGCGACGGCACUCCUGUGGUCUACAUCUUCCAGCUGGACACUCGCAGACAGCAGUUGGUAUACAAGCAGCAGCUGGCGCUCCAGCACCAAGUGUGGGACGUGGCUUUCGAGGAGACUCAGGGCCUGUGGGUGCUCCAGGACUGCCAGGAAGCCCCCCUGGUGCUCUACAGGCCUGUGGGCGGCCAGUGGCAGUCUGUUCCUGAGAGCACCGUGUUAAAGAAAAUCUCUGGUGUUCUUCGUGGGAACUGGGCCAUGCUGGAAGGCUCUGCCGGUGCGGACGCCAACUUCAGCAGCCUCUACAAGGCCACGUUCGACAACAUGACCUCCUACCUGAAGAAGAAAGAGGAGAGACUGCAGCAGCAGCUGGAGAAGAAGCAGCGGCGCCGGAGUCCCCCGCCUGGGCCCAACGGGCAGGCCAAGAAGAUGAGGCCCGGGGAGGCGACCUUGAGUUGCUGAUUGUGGCGGCGGCCCAAACCAAUGACCCCAGAGGGAGCCUUCAGCAGCAGAAGCUCAUCUCUCACAGCUCUGGAGGCCAGAAGGCUGAAGUCACGUGUCAGCAGGGCCGCGCUCCCUCUGAAGGCUGCAGGGGCUCCUUCCCGUCCUCCGAAGGCUGCGGGGUAGGGGUGGGGGUCCUUCCUGUCUCUCCCAGCUCCUGGUGGGCCGAACGUCUGUGAUGUUGAAGCCAGACCUAGGUUGAUGUUGUGAGGGGUGGAUCACUUGCCGUGAGAGAGGCGCCCUUAGGAAAGAGAUCCCCCCACUGACAGCUGGUGGGCCGUUUCCCGCGCCGUCUGGGAACCCGCACCAGACACCGAGUCAGCCAGCUCAGAGCGCUGGGAAAUCCCGGUUGCCACAGCCACAGAACGGGCUGAGACGCCAGCAGGCGCUGGCCUUGCCACUUGUGGACGGUCACCUCGGCUUCCUCUGCACAUCUCAGGCCUUCUCCCCGCAGGUUACACGUUGCUAUUUCCUGCAGGUUACACCCCAGCUCUAAAAUAAAAUAACGUUUAUUUAUUUUAUUCAUGAAAGGAAAGCCAGUUGUGGAAAAAUUGGAAACUACAGGGCAAAUAAUGAAAAUAAUUUCCCCCACCUGCCUCCUGUGGUCUCACUGUGAUUCGGCUGGAAUCCUAACUCGACCUUGGCAGUGAGGAACUGAGGUCAGAGGGCUGGGAUUUAGGCUUGAUGACCCCAUCCCAUGCUGGCCGUGGUGGCAGCUGGGUCCACGGGUCCUUGGGCGGAAAGGCCCUGCAGGCGGCUGGCACGGACUCCGUGGCGGAGGCUUCCGGAGGGAGCAGCCUCUCCUUUUGAGGCCCCCUGUCCGCUCGCUGCGUCCUCACUGCCUGCGCCUCGUAAGGGGUGAACCACAGGCCUGGCUUUGCCUGAGGAGAGAUAAGGGCUGGAGCUUCCCUCAAGCUGCCUCUCCUGGCUCUCAGGGCCUCAGUGCUGGAGGGAACCAGCCUUCUGGGCAGCGCUGGGGCUGGGAAACGAUGAUGGCUUUGCCUAAGGGAGGUUCUUUAAGGGGGCGCUGCAGGAUUGGGCUGGCCCUAGAGCAUCUGCGUCCCAGCGCACGCACAUACAGACAGAGAGAGAUCAUGCUGUGCUGGCCCAGUCAACCCAAGCUCAACAUGUGUCCAGCGCCCGUUGUGAGCCGGGCCCACAUUGCUGCCCAGGGAGGCAGUGGUGAGGGAGGUGUGAUGUGGGAGUCCGCUCGGGCGGCCCUAGCGAGGCACACAGCUGUGUGUGUGUGGGAGCUUGGCUGGGGGUUUAAACAACAGUUAUCUCUCAAAGUCUGAGAGAAGAGUUGACAGGGCUGGCUUCCAAUGAGCCCCCACUCCUCUGUGUGUCGGGGUCUGUCUUCCCCCGGCGCCCUCUGUGUGCAUCUGUGCCCUGAUCUCCUCUUCUUGUAAGACGCACUCAGAGUGGCUCAGGGCUCACCCCCGUGAGCUGAUGUUAUCUUAACCGCCUUUUAAAGGCGCUGUCUCCACAGUACUGGGAGGCACCAGGUUGGGCUUGGACGUAAGUUUUGGGGAGAGAAUUCAGCCCGUAACAAGGUGACUCACCCCCACAGGCCCUGGCUCCUGCCUGAUGAUUUGUUUUUCUAAGACCAGCCGAGUGGGCACAAAAGAACCAGCGACCAGGCAAGGGUAGGAGCAAAACUGCAAAUUUAUUCUUUGGUCAUCUAGCUUCAGGGACCGGAGCUGGGGGG